AUUUCACAAAUAUCCAAUCAGAAGUAUAAACGUAUAGAAAUUUUUUGUUGUCACUGCAAUUUACUAUUAACACCCAAAGUUACCAUGAAUCAUUCGUAAAAUAGUCGAAAAAAAUGAAUAUUGAAGUGUCAGAUUUAAAUGAAAAUGUUUGUUAAAAAAAUAUGUUCGAGGUUAAGGAACAUUUUUUAAGAUCAGAAAAUAGGAUCAUAAUGCAUAGCCGCAAAACGCAUCAUCCUUUUUUUAUUAUUUUAAGCAAAAAGUUAGAGUAAUGUAUUUUAUUUUUGUUGACAAAUUUUCAUAAAACUACUACAAAAUGAGUAGUAUUAAACUUGAUAUACAGUGGUCUCCAGUUCAUGCCAAUAAAUUUAUUACAUGGGGUACAGAAAUCUGUUUGUAUGAAGUAAUACAAGUAAAAGACAAUAAUAGACAAUUAUAUACAAAGAUUUCUGAUUCUACAGUUGCUCAUUUACUUGCAACAAAUACUAAUCAUCAUUAUGUCAAAUGUAUUGAUAUUUAUCCACAAUUAGAACCAGAUAUUUUAUUAGCUGUUGGACAAGCAAAUGGAAAAGUUGUUUUAACUACUUUUGGCCCAACAAUUUUUGAUUCCCAAGGUCUUAGUGGGAAGGAACUGGUCCCAAAACAUGCAAGACAAUGCAAUACAGUUGCUUGGAAUCCCAUAGACACAAAUUUAAUUGUGUCUGGUUUAGAUAAACAUAGUAAAGAUCAUUCCAUUUUAUUAUGGGAUAUAAAUAAAGGUUUGCAAACCUCUGAAAGAGUGCAUCACCACAAUACAGUGCAGACAGAUUCUAUGAGACCUAUUGCAGAAGUUGGUGUUUCAGAAACUAUACAUUCUAUUGCUUGGUUCAAACAUGAACAAAAAUGUAUGGUAGUUGGUACUAAUAACAAACAAUUAAAAAUUAUUGAUUUCAGAGAUUCUGCAAAGGUGGUCAACACAACAGCCACUAAAGCUGUUUAUAAUGUAGCAGUAAAUCCGCAUAAUAAUUAUCAUUUACUUUCAAGUGUUGAUAAUCAGAUAACAAUUUGGGAUACGAGAUGCUUUGAAAAACCUGUUUUAACAUUAUCACAAACUAGACAAAUUACGAAAGUAUUAUGGUGCCCAACUAGGCACAAUCUUUUGGGUGCUUUACAAAAAGACUCAGCAACACUGCAUUUGUAUGACAUUCAACAUUGUGGAAUUGGAGGAGGAGAAGAUACAGAACCUGGAGCAUUAGAAAGAACAGUUGCACCACCUUGGUAUAGUCCUGUAAGUUUUUCAUGGCACCCAACACACGUGAACAGAUUAUUGGCAAUAUCUCAGCAAGGACUUACAGAUUAUACAGUUUGUGAAAGAAUUACAGUAAACUGGUCAACACGAUCUCAUCUUGCCUGGAAUCAUGCUUCAAAAUCAUUUAAAUAUAUAUGCAGUAAUGAUAAUAUUUACAAAGCGCUAAACGAUAUUUCUAUCUUAACUAAAACACGUGCUGCUUCAGAAUAUGGCUUACUUCCAGAGCUGGCUCAGAAUGGGGAAUUGGCUGAAAAUGAAACUCUGAAAAAUUUAUGGCAGUGGUUGUACUUAAGUCGCUAUUUAGUAGAGGAUGGCACUAUACCAUCUGCAGAUAAUAAACAUCCAGGUGUCAGAACAGUUUUAAAACUAGAUGGCCAACAAGGAUCUACUAAUGGUUUCUUAAAGUCGGAACUAAUUCAUCGUCCUUGGUCGGAUAUAGGAUCUAAUCAUACUGCAAAAAUUUACAGAUCUGCAGAUAGAGAUAAAGGAUUGCUUUUAUGUGGUUGGAGAUUUGAUAAAGAUACCAAUACCCUUUAUGAUAACUUAUUCUUAGAAAGAUUAGAAAGAGAAGGAGCAUAUCCAAGAGCAGCAGCAAUAGCAGUUUUUAAUUUGUGUUUACGGCAAGCUAUCGAAAUUUUAAAUCGAGGAGCUACUAAAAUGUCGAUGUCUACAAAUUUAAAUAUCGUUGCUAUGGCUUUAUCAGGAUUUUCCGAAGACCGGAAUAGUAUGUGGAGAGAAUCAUGUUUAAAAUGUAGAUCUCAACUUACAGACCCUUAUUUGAGAGCAACUUUUGCUUUUCUAACAGCAGACGAUUCUUAUGAAAAUGUUCUUAAUGAAAAUGGUAUGGCAGUUGAAGACAGAGUAGCCUUUGCACUUAUGUUUUUAUCGGAUAAUAAGUUAAGCGAAUAUUUAAAAAAAUUAACUCAAAAGUUAACUGAUGAAGGAAAUUUAGCGGGUUUUCUUUUGACAGGUACUAGUUUAGAAGGUAUACAAUUAUUAAAUCGGUACUUAGAAAUUACCGGUGAUGUUCAAAGUUGUAGUUUAAUAGCUAUUAGAGCAUUUACACCAACAUUACUUCAAGAAAAUCAAGUCCAAGUUUGGAUUACAAGUUAUAGAAAUCUUUUAAAUGCUUGGAAAAUGUGGACCCAAAGGGCUCACUUUGAUAUCGCGAUGAGGUCUUCAACGAAUGAAAAGCCUCCACAACAAAUAUAUGUUUCUUGUAAUUUUUGUGGUAAAAGUAUAUCAGCCUUUAUGCAAGGUUUAAGUAGAGCAAGAGGGCCUUUUGGCAGGUUAGGAAGUACACCUAAUAAACUGAAGAUGUCUUCGUGUCCAAAUUGUAGAAAACCAUUACCGCGAUGCGCGAUAUGCUUGAUGCAUAUGGGCACAGUAAGUGGAUUGCAAAUGACAACAUCUAGUGUUAGUAGAAGCGAAGAAUGUGAUAAUAAAUUGACAGAAUUUAGUAAUUGGUUUACAUGGUGUCAAACAUGUAGACAUGGUGGUCAUGCUGAUCAUAUUACACAUUGGUUUCGGCAACAUUCAGAAUGUCCAGUAACCUCAUGUACAUGUAGAUGCUUCUCUUUAGAUGCAUCAUGUAAACUAGCAUUUUAGGAUUUCAUUUUGUACAUUUCUUGGAACAACAUGAAUGUUAUAAACGAAGGAUAAUGAGUCUUGUGUACAAGAUACUAUUUAAAUUUAUUAUAAAAGAAUAAUUUACACUUCGACAUACAUAUUAAAAUAAUCGUAUUCUUAUAAAAA